GUAAUUAUUUUAGAAAAGCGCAGUGUUGAAUGCGCGCACGUGGAUGGUAACUACGAUGUUGCACAUUGCGCGUUACGAACCGAUAUUCGUAAUACAGAUUUUGGAGCCGGUUGCUUCGACGAGUUUGUACCUGCUGUUCGGAAUAUCAGAAAUCUUUGUCCGCUGAUGUGUCAGGGUGCAGACGACAGUGAUAUCCUAGCCAAAGUGCCAAUGAACAAUCACAAGUGUAAUCAGUUCUUUAAUUAUGGAGUCGUCAAAUUCGGCCAAGACAUGUACGUGUGGCGAAGCGGUCGGUGUCUGAACGCAACAAUACGGUUCGAAGUACGUUGCGGCUUUCCAUUCAAACCACAAGACUUUGUUAGUUCUAGCGAUAUGUUGUUUUCUCUCAUCUGA